UGAUGACAAGACAAUUAUGGAACAAGCUGCGAGAAUUGAUGAGUUGACCAAACAAAAAAGUGAUGGGAGUUUAAAAAUUGAAGGAUGCAAUGACAUUCUUACUAUGGCAUUGGGUACUCCUGAAUCUUCUAGUCGAGUAAGGGGUGUAGCAAAUUCUGUCACACCUAGCACCUACUUUCACUUGCCUAGACGUGGGAAUCAGUCACAUUGGGAGAAGAAGUGUAAUGAUCUUGAGGCAGUGGUGGUACAAUUGCAAGCUAGGCUUAGUGCAGUGGAACAACAAAUACCAUAUACACCAGAAUCUGAACAUGUUAGUUCAAACAUCUUGAGAAGUGGUUAUGAAGGAAAUUUUCAGCCUAAUUUUCUCUUAACAGAAAACAGAGUGAGAACUAAGGAUGACAUUCCACCCCAAGCUCUUACCCAAAAGAUUAUAAAGAGCAAAUGUUCAAACACAUUGAAAAGUGGUGGUAGAGGCAAUUUUCAGCAUGAUUCUUUAUUAGCAGAAAAUAUGGUGAGAACUAAGGACGACAUUCCACCUCAAGAUCCUAAACAAAAUAAGAGAAAGGGCAAACCAUGUAAACUCGCGAUAGGUUCCAUUGAAAAUAUUGUUGCUCAUGGUACGGUGUAUGAGAGAAUUGAACACAAUGAAGCCAUUCAUACGGUGCCAUUAGGAGAAUCCAAUGUACGUGUGUCUAUUGAAGUUGUUAUUCAAAAAGAUGCCCCUCUUCCUAUACCUAUCCCAGAUGAGAUGCUUAUUGUUGGAGAAGCAGUGGGAUUUUUUGUUGCUUGGCCCAAAAAUCUUGUAUUGGUCGGUGAUGAGGGAGCUUCAAUUAAUGUUGAAUGUGGAAAAUAUCAAGAGUCCAUUCAAUCUUUUGUUUCAUUAGUUGAGCAUAUCAAGUACGAUGAAGCCAUAGACAUUCCACUAGAGAAAGACAUAUUUGGGGAGGAGAUCAAUAUCCAACUUCAAAGAGUAGACAUGGAGUACAUAUGUCAUGUAAAAGAAUUAUCUGUUACAUGUAUCAUGUUGUACAUAAGUCAUCUCCAUCAAGUGUUGAAGGCUUCCAAUUGGAGGAAACAAUUUGUAUUUGUUAACCCUUGUGUCGUUAGUGGAAAAACAAUGGCUGGAGAGAAAUCAAAAGCAGUGUUGCUUGCAAGAAGAUUAGAGGAGGCUAUGCUAGAACAAUCGGUUUUAAUUCCUUACAAUAUUGGAUACCAUUGGGAUAUUGUUGGUCAUUGA